GAACAUCACGGGUACAACGUAUCUUACAUCCUGCUGUGCGAUAGUGUACAUACACCACAAGAACACCAAUUACGUCUUAGUUUCGGAAAAUACAAGAGGAAUCAAAGGAAAUUCUUGUGCUGUUUCCCAAAUGAAGCAAUAUUACGGGUUAUACACAAGUCAGUGAGCGUAAGGUAAGGACAGAGAAGGCAAAGUACCUUGUCAAAGCAGGUCGCGCGAAGGUAUUGCGGCUCCCCGGACUGCCGCCAGGUCCACUAAACCUGCAAGCCCAGACGCGGAAACUGGUCCCUUGUAACUUCAACCUAUGACGUCCCGAGGAUUGAUCAGCUGCCCAGUUUUACACCUGGAGGCUACGAAACAAAUCGCAAUCUUUACCCGACAAUUCUAACUUCACCUUCCGAAUCUCAGUUCAAUACAGCCCGGGUUCGAAUUCGCGCUUCUUCUACGUUCAAAGGGCCGGUCUCAGUCGUGCCGGCGCUUGCGUAGCCAUGGAGUCCAGAUCUCUUCAAUCCAAGCCGUCGGAAGAGACUCUCAUAUCGCUCCUUCAACUAGAUCCGUCCCCCAUCGAGACACCACCGGCCGACGUUGAUAAAGAUCUUCCUCCCCUGCCCGAAGAUGCCCUAGAGAAUAGCACUGGUUCCCUCAGGUCGACUUCUUCUGCACCCGGUUUAAGCGGCAGUGGUCACAGCGCGAUCUUUUACCUGACACGAAUCCAGAAGUUCUCUUCCUACCUGGUACCGGUCUUCACCUCACUUCACGUUGUCAACACCUCCAUAAUACCACUCUUUGCGCGAUCAGUCCCAGCUUCCGAGGCAUACCUGCUACUUUCGAGAGAAAUAUACCAAACACCCCUCACGGAACCGCUUCUCGUGGCAUUACCCAUCGUCGCACACAUCGCCUCUGGCUUCGCCCUUCGCCUCGUUCGCAGAUCUCAGAACCUGAAGCGUUAUGGAGGCAACACACCCGGCAUGUAUGCUUUGUAUCGAGCCCAGACCGGCAAACCAUCACGAGCCUUGACCUAUAACAGCGUCAACUCCGCUAGCAGGAUAUGGCCGUCCGUCAGCUACAUAUCUAUAUCUGGCUACUUCUUCACAGUUCUUCUUGCUGCCCAUGCAGGCAUUAAUCGCAUCCUCCCCCUGCAAGUUGACGGCGACAGCUCGAACAUUGGCUUGGGUUUCGUUUCUCAUGGGUUUGCCCGGCAUCCCAUCAUCUCGUGGAUUGCGUACACCGGUCUUCUCACAAUAGGCUGCGGACAUAUGGUUUGGGGCGCAGCAAAAUGGCUGGGCCUGGCGCCAACGGCUAUGGGUUGGAGUGGUAGAGGACGCAGUGUGAUAGACAAAAAGGUGCGACGGCGGAAGAGAAGAGCGUGGUGGGCACUUCACGGCGCCGCUGUGGCAGCGGCCGGCGUCUGGGCUGCGGGGGGAUUGGGAAUAGUAGCAAGGGGUGGUUCAACAGACGGCUGGAUUGGGAAGGUUUAUGAUGAUAUAUACAGCAGAAUUCCACUCUUGUGAUCAGAGGCAAGUAGAUAAUAUACCAUGAAUGAUACCCAGCCAACAGCAAUGCGGCAACUCGCAGUGCCGGUAUUUACAGAUAGAGAUAUGUCGUCAG